AUGCUGCGUCUUCGCGGGAGUGCGGGCGUCCGGCGGAGCUCCGCGGUCCGCAACGUGCACUCGCUGCCGUCCACAGAGCUGCGCAGCCGCUUCCUACAGUUCUUCGAGAGUCAAGGCCACCGCAUCGUGCCCAGCGCGUCACUAGUGCCGCCCGGAGGUGACCAGUCUCUGCUGUUUGUGAACGCCGGCAUGGUGCCAUUCAAACAGGCGUUCCUGGGUAUUGAUGGUGGAGCAAAGGCACGCGGAUACUCCAGAGCUACUUCAGCACAACGCUGUGUACGUGCUGGUGGUAAGCACAACGAUUUGGACCAGGUGGGACUUACACGUCGCCACCAUACCAUGUUCGAAAUGCUGGGCAAUUUUAGCUUCGGCGACUACUUCAAGAAACAGGCAAUUACAAUGUGCUGGCGAUUCCUCACCCAGGAAUUAGAGCUUCCUAUUGACAGACUACACGUUACGGUACUUAAGAGCGAUCAAGAGGCUCGUCGUCUGUGGAAGCAGAUCGCUGGACUACCCGACCACAAAAUUCAGGAGCUGGACGAACACGAUAAUUUCUGGGCCAUGGGCGACUCAGGUCCUUGUGGCCCGUGCUCGGAAGUGUUCUGGGACUUAGGAGACCACAUCGCUGACCCCGACGAGCGCUUCUUGGAGCUGUGGAACCUCGUCUUCAUGCAAUUCUUCCGUAACGAAGGAGACAGCGAACUACACGCACUUCCCAACUGCUCAGUCGACACCGGUAUGGGUCUUGAGCGCGUGGCUUCUGUUCUGCAAGGAGUCCCUUCUAACUACCACACAGACGUCUUCGUACCUCUUUUAACUGAGGUAGCUACUAGAUCCAAAACUCUCCGCAUCGUCAGUGACCACCUUCGUGCGACCUACGCAUUGUUACAGGACGGUGUUUUCCCGUCCAACAUAGGCCGCGGCUACGUUCUUCGUCGUAUCAUCCGGCGAGCCAUCCGCCAUGCUCAGCAACUUGGCGUUCGAAGUGAUGCUUCGUAA